GGCCAGGGCCAGCCAUGGUGGAGCGGCUGAGGGGAGACAGGAGUAAACCCGACCCAGAGCUUGCAAACGCUGGCCGAGGUCCCCACCACGCCCUGCCCCGCCUUCGGCGAACUUCGCCGGCGGCUCGGGACGCAGCCCCUCCUCCUCCGCUGCUGCCGUAUUGUAUUGUGUACUCCGAAACGCCGAUUUUACCUACCUCCGCGCUCUCUCCACCCUGCCCCUCGCAGCCAACCAGAUCCUCUCCCCAUCACGAGUGGUGGUCUUACUGCACCUAGUAUGUUGCCCAGCUCUUAAGUAGAUCCCAGAGUUUUCCAGAGCUGAAGAAUGACACAUUUCUGCGAGCAGCCUGGGGAGAGGAAACAGACUACACUCCUGUUUGGUGUAUGCGGCAGGCUGGUCGCUACUUACCAGAGUUUAGGGAAACCAGGGCUGCCCAGGACUUUUUCAGCACCUGUCGUUCUCCAGAGGCCUGCUGUGAACUGACUCUGCAGCCACUGCGUCGCUUCCCUCUGGAUGCUGCCAUCAUUUUCUCUGACAUCCUUGUUAUACCCCAGGCACUGGGCAUGGAGGUGACCAUGGUACCUGGCAAAGGACCCAGCUUCCCAGAGCCAUUAAGAGAAGAGCGAGACCUAGAGCAUCUACGGGAUCCAACAGCAGUGGUUUCUGAGCUGGGCUAUGUGUUCCAGGCCAUCACUCUUACCCGGCAACAGCUGGCUGGGCGUGUGCCACUGAUUGGCUUUGCUGGUGCCCCGUGGACCCUGAUGACAUACAUGAUUGAGGGUGGCAGCUCAAGCACCAUGGCUCAGGCCAAGCGAUGGCUCUACCAAAGACCUCAGGCCAGUCACCAGCUGCUUCGCAUCCUCACUGAUGCUCUGGUCCCAUAUCUAAUAGGACAGGUGGUCGCUGGUGCCCAGGCAUUGCAGCUCUUUGAGUCCCAUGCAGGACAUCUUGGCCCACAGCUCUUCAACACGUUUGCACUGCCCUAUAUCCGUGAUGUGGCCAAGCGAGUGAAAGCUGGGGUGCAGGAGGCAGGCCUGGCACCAGUUCCCAUGAUCAUCUUUGCUAAGGAUGGGCAUUUUGCUCUGGAGGAGCUGGCUCAGUCUGGGUAUGAGGUGGUUGGACUUGACUGGACAGUGGCCCCAAAGAAAGCCAGGGAGCUUGUGGGGAAGAUGGUGACCUUACAGGGCAACCUGGACCCCUGUGCCCUGUAUGCAUCUGAGGAGGAGAUUGGGAAGCUGGUGCAGCAGAUGCUGGAUGAUUUUGGGCCACAACGCUACAUUGCCAACCUAGGCCAUGGGCUCUACCCUGACAUGGAUCCAGAACAUGUAGGGGCCUUUGUGGAUGCUGUGCAUAGACAUUCACGCCUGCUUCGAAAGAACUAAGCAUACAACUUAUCCUGCAUAUACCACAUACACAGAAAAUGUUUUCAGGAGAAUAAAAGCUCCAGA